AUGAUCAAACCGGGAUUUGUAGUGCCAUCUAAAAUAAGGGGAAGCACAAGAUUUUGGCCUUACUUUAAGGAUUGUAUUGGCGCGAUUGAUGGCACUCAUAUUCCAGCCCUGGUAAAAGGUCGUGAAGUUAGCAGCUACCGUAACUGCCAUGGAAUUCAAUCUCAAAAUGUAAUGGCAGCAUGCAACUUUGAUUUUGAGUUCAUAUAUGUGUUAAGCGGAUGGGAAGGGUUGGCGCAUGAUUCAAAGUUGUUAAAUGAUGCUUUAUCAAGGAGAAAUGGACUUGAGGUUCCUCAAGAAGAUGAUGAAGAACUUGAUAUGGAAGACGAGAAUCUUGAACUAUUGUCUCACAGUCAACUACAACAAAGAGCAGAGGCUAAUGCUUGGAGAUUUAAUAUUGCUAAAGCUAUGUGGGAAAAUAGACCACAGAAUGGUAUAAUGAAAGUCAAGAAGAUAACAAUGAUAUUGAAGGCAAUGAGAAUGAAAAUAAUGAGGACAAUGAGAAUGAGAGGGAUCAUGAAGACUAUAAUGACAAUGAGGUCGGAAUAG